AUGAGCCUGGCGCGUGCUGCGGCCCUCCCAUUGCGGAGGGCGACCAUCUCGAAAUCAUAUCCUGCGCAUGCGGUGCGUUCGGCCUCAAGGACGUUCUCGGUAUCGAUACGACGAGAUGCUACAUGGGGGUUUAUUGGCUUGGGGCAAAUGGGUUAUGCCAUGGCAAAGAACCUACGCGCGAAGAUCCCUGCAACGGAUACCCUUGUGAUACGGGAUGUCAACGAGGAUGCCACCAAGAGAUUUGUCCAAGAAACGCGGGAGACUGCCCGGAGCAGCGGCGCUGGGGAUGAUACCUUCAAAGUGGUGGUGGCCCAAAACGCGAGGGAGGUCGCGGAGCAAUCAACAGUGAUGAUAACCAGUCUACCGGAGCCGGAACACGUGAAGAAUGUCUUUUAUUGCGUUCUCCGAAAUGGCGAGCUUCCCGCCCUGGAUCAAGAACGGCUGUUCAUCGAUACGUCCACAAUAGACCCGGCCUCGUCCAAGGAACUGGCUAAUGCCAUUCAUACGACGCGUACAGGACGGUUUGUCGAUGCCCCUAUGUCUGGCGGAGUAGUGGGAGCCCGCGCAGGCGCACUCUCAUUCAUGUUCGGCGCCUCGUCGCAAUCAGGAGAGCUGGUAGAGCGAGUGAAGUCGAUCCUGCUUCUCAUGGGAAAGAAAGCGUGGCAUAUGGGACCGCCGGGAACCGGUGUCUCUGCGAAGCUUGCCAAUAAUUACAUCCUGGCCAUCAACAACAUUGCCACUGCCGAAGCAAUGAAUCUCGGUAUGCGCUGGGGUCUCGAACCCAAAGCCCUUGCAGAUUUGGUCAACACUUCCACCGGUCGUUGCUGGCCCAUGGAGGUGAACAACCCAGUUCCGGGCGUCGUGGAAACUGCCCCGGCUUCGCGCGAUUAUGAGGGUGGGUUCGGCAUCAGCUUGAUGAACAAAGAUCUUCGAUUAGCUCUUGCCGCUGCCAAAGAGUCCGGCUCUCCGCUCGCACUUGGAGACAAGGCUCGUAGUGUGUACACUGCUGUGGAAGAGGAGCACCGAGGCAAGGAUUUCUCUGUGGUAUACAAGUGGUUGCAAGGCCAGUCUGAGAAAUAA